AUGAAGCUGUCAGAAGAUGAUUCUUCUCCAUCAAUGUCAAAUACUACGUCUAACACUAAAAACUUCUCUAGAACACCCACAUCGUGGGACGCACUGGACGACAUACUCUUGAUGCAUUUGAAGGAUCAACAAAAGUUAGGAUGGAAGGAGAUUGCUAGCAACUUCACUAACAGAACUCCUAAUGCAUGUCAAUUCAGAUGGAGACGGUUGAAGUCAGGGAACUUGAAGAACCCACCAAAAUCAUCGCCUGGAUUGGGGAGUCCGGCAAGUAGCAAUAAGAUACCGGCCGCUAGCGGUUUAAAAAAGAGUAAGAAAGGACCAGGGAAUGCAAAGUCUGUGUCACCAAGCCAUGAUUCACCCAGUGCAUUUUCAUCUUACUCUCCUAUAACUACUGCUACAUUUACGGGGUAUGAUAAUAAUAUUAAUAAUGCUUUAGCUGGAUUAAAUGCAUUAUCAAAUACUCCUUCUAAUAUUUCGAGUCCUAUGCCUAACUACCAUAUAGGGACAAAUACCAAUUCAUCUACUCCUGGGCUUAAUUCUCCGGAUGGGGAUAGUCAAGCCCAUAGUUUGACUCAUAAUCACUUCGACAAUUCCCCAAGGUCUGAAGUUUCAUUGGACCCUCAGUCACACCAUGGUACUACCACAAAUUCUGGUGGUGGAUACUACGCAGAUAUAUCUAUUGAUCCAACCAUGAACUUGCCUCAUAAUCAACCUCACCCGCAUACUCCAGGUCAUUUGACGCCAAGGAACUCUACGUCUCAAGGUUCGCAGACUCAUUCAAACCGAUUAACUCAUCAUGCUCAUCCAAUACCUCACAAUGUACACAAUAAUUCUAUCAUUCAAAUUGUCAAAGACGAUAGAAAUUCUGUGUCGUCGUCCACUAGGGCGGCGUCAGUAUCUUCUUUGCCUUCUAAAUCGAUGAAUAUACCACAUCAUCAGCUGAAUAAUAGUGCAUUGGCCCAUUUACCUAUAUUGUUUGGUGGUGGAAGCAGUAUUAGUGGUCCCUCUAGAAAUGCUAGUGUUAGUGGAAUACCUAGUACUUAUCAAUCAACUACGGUAUCUAGUAUCAGAAAUGGAAGUGUUGGAUCACUGGGCUAUUAUUCCAGAUCAGGAUCCGUUGUUAUUCCGUUUACGGGAGACAAAAAAGACGACGAAAAUUUGAAGCCUGACUUGAAGAAAAGUGAUUCACCAGCAAAUACAAAGAAGGCAAAUAAGACUACUAAUAAUUCACAAAAGAACACUUCAAAGUCAAGUACACCAAAUGCGCAGCCAACUAUUUUCAAAAUACCUUGGUCAAUGGAAGAAGAUGAGUUAUUAAUUAAUCGCCGGAACCGAGAAUUAUCCUUUGCUGAAUUAUCCAUAUUAUUGCCCCAAAGAACAGAAGGUGAAAUAUGGUCUAGAAUUGAUUAUUUGGAAAAAUUAAGAAAUGGGCAUAGAUCAUCUACAUCCAGAGAACAUAGAAGAGGUAGACAAUCCUCGAUUGGGUUAGACGAUGAUGACGAUUUUUACGAUGAGGUUGACGAUGUAAUGGAUGGAAUUGAUGUGAGCGAUGAAGACGAUGAAGACGACGAUGUGUUAGUCGAUGACGAAGAAUCGAUACAUCACGGCAUUCGAAAGAGAAAGAAGAGAAGAACAAGCUCUGCAGUGAAUCCUUUAUCGGUAGGUGAGACACUUAGAAGAAAACUUAAAUAA